AAAGCACUAGGACCGAACCACACAUCAACCCUCCGCACGGUCGACAAUCUCGGGGUUCUAUAUGCUAGCCAAGGCAAGCUAGAUGAGGCCGAGCAGAUGCAUAUACGGGCGCUAGCUGGGAAGGAGAGAGCGCUAGGACCGAACCACACAUCAACCCUCGAC